GGGGCGGAGAAAGGAGAAGGGGCUCCUCGGAGGAGGCCGCGCCUUCGAGCAAGCGGACGCGGCGCGCUCGGCUGCCUGGCCUCACUCCGCAGGGAGGUCCUCGGCGGCGACUGCGGCCAGACGCGCGGGCGGCCCUCGGGGCAGACCGGCCGCGCCCCGCCUGGCUUCCUUCCGAGGGGGAUUCGAAGAAGGGGCUUGGCGCCCCGAGGCCGCCAGGAUGGUCUCUGCCUCCGCCAGGCCUGCGCGCGUCCGGGAAGGAGAGGCGUCCGGGGAGAGGUCGCGCUGAGUUUUGCGCCGCGGAGCCGGGCCGAGGAGGGACCAGGCUCCCGGGGGCCGCGCAGAGCGAUGCAGCACCCGCUGGAGCUGGGCGCCGCCGCGCACUAUUUCCCCGCCGACCCCUUCGUCGACCACCGAUCGCACCGCUACCGGAGUUUUAUGAUCGAGGAGAUCCUGACGGACCACCCGGACGCCAAGGGCUCUGCCCCGGCAGGAGAGCUGCUCAAGUUCGGCGUGAAAGCGCUGCUCUCGGCGCGGCCCUACCACAGCCCCCUAGGUAGGUCUGUGGGCAGGUGGGUGAACCGAAUCCCGUCCCUCCCCGGAUCGAGCUGUUUGUGGGGCGUGGGGGGGGGGGGCGGGAGAGCUCGGCUGCCCCCCUGGAGAGGGAAGGUGGGGACUGAAACGGAAAUAAAUAGACGUGGACCUUCUUUUGUCCACGCGCUAAGAGCUGCUUGGACGCUGCUUUUCCCCCUUUCCCUGCUCAAGGUCAACUCUCCCCGCCUGGAAGCUCCACCGAUCUGCUUCUCCUUCCAUCUUUGGCCGAGGGGGCGGCGGGUGCCUUGGGGGCAGGGAGGUGGCGCGCGAGAGACAGUGAAACUCUGCUCUCGGGGGAGUUUCAGCACUCCGACCCCCCCCUCCAGUAUGGAGAAGUCGAGGCAAGUCCCACCUCUUUCAAAGGGAGCAGAUCUCCGUCGAACAUGGCUAAGGCUUCACGGAUCAGGGCCUCGGGUAAUCUUUGGCUGCGAUCCCCAAAGACACGCGCGCCUUUCAUUCCGUGGAAAUCUAGCGGACCCGCUCCCCAAAGGGCUGGCACGCCAGAGCUGUAGCUCAAGAAAUGGACGGGCCUGUGGCACAGCAAAGUCUUACGUUAGUGGGGAUUUUUCCCGAGUAAGACUGCAGUAAGACAUAACCACUGCCGUCCUUGAUACACUAAACUAGGGAGUAAUCUCCCGUAAGCUUCGUGGUGCUGAUUCGUUUUACUUAAUUAACUUUCCCCCAGAAACGGAGAUGCAAGUUUGUUGUCUUUGAGAGGGUCAGCGUGUCCCACCACCCAUACCCGUAAAUAACACAAUUCGGAAGAUUCCCAUUCCGAUCCAUGUAGAUCGGUUUGAGUAAGUAAGUUCAGAGUUUUGGCGUGCGCGCGUGUGCUGGGUCCAGGCAAGGCGAAAGGAAACAACCCGAUCCACAACCCAUUUAAUUUGAUGCCUUUAGGCAAGCAGUUGUUUCCAUUGGCAUGGCAUCAAAGGAAAAGGAAUGGAUUUAAGGCUGCAGUCUUGUGUUCCCUGAGCUUUUGGGGCUGUGGGGUGCAGGGGGGAGGACACGCGUUUUGGUUUAUGAAGGCCCGUUGAGGUCGGUGACACUUACUUCGGAGUAAACUGGGACGGGAUCGGGCCUCUCUUUGACACCCCCGCCCCCUCCCUUGUGUCCAGAUGAAUCUACCGCUGGCGGAGAUAGCAGAGCCGGUGUUAUGGGUGGGUCUUGCAAUAAAAAAAUCCCAAGAUCCUGCGGAAUGGCAUGGAGGGAAAGAGUCGAGGCUUGCACCGCGAGAGCCGCGGCCUGGACGCGAGGGGCGAAGGGGAAAGGUAUUGAACUCUAGUUGCUCCGAACUAACUCCCUUGUGGUCUAGGACCUCUUCCUCCCGGGUAACCGGCGGAGGGAGCCAGUUUGGGCGCUGGGUGGGUGCUCCGCUUCGCUUCACGCCCGAUUGGACCAACCCCAAGCUUUCGAUGAAGGACGGCUCAGUCGUCAACCUCCAGAGCACCAAAAACUGGGAAGGAUUCUUCCAAAAAUGGGGUCCUCGCGUGGCAGCGCACUGCUCCCUAAGAGAGCGACCCUGAGCCCCCUACAAAGCAAGCGGGGAGUGAAACGGACCUUCUUGCGAGGGAGAGCCGUUUCAGGCCCAACCCCCCACCCCGCUCUCCUCAGCAGCAUUAGAUCAACCGCCCAUGUUUCUACGAGUGGUAUUGCUUUGUUUUGUUUUGUUUUUUAAGUAACCGUAUCCAAAUGCGUAAAAUGUUUCCUUUGCGUGCCAUUCCGUCUUGUGGAGAGGGCCUUUGGACCUUGCAGUCUUGCUCUCGCCUUCCGGUAUCUCUUUGCUGUGCCCCCAAACUUGAAAUGGCGCCUCCAUGACAAACGUGUGUGUGAUAUUUCUCUGUAGGAGAGGAUCCCUUUUCAUCCCAGGACGGGUUUUCUUGCCCCUGGUUCCCCACCGGGCCUCCUAGAACCAAACUUACUCUCCUUUUGCUAUCUGCUUGGAAACCAGGUGGGGCGAGACGCGUAAACCUUACAGUUUAUUGGCGGGGCUGUGUGUGUGAGAGAGAGAGGGGGAGAGCGCGCGCGAAGGAGCGGCGGGAUUGUGGGUCUCUGAGGCCUGCACAGACCAGGCUCUCAAGCCGGAAGGAUUCCGGGAGAGUCUUUCCCUUCCCUCUUCAGUGCAAAACGGUUCCCUUUUCGGACUCCAGCGCUGAACAAAUUUGCAUCCCUCCCCGAGCGCUGAGCUGACGCGGGACCAAGCCCAUCGAUUUCAAAGGCCUUUCAUAGGGCUGCGUUUGGCCGAACCUCUUUUGCUUUUUAAUUGACAUGGAAUAGCAGAGCGAUCGGUGGGAAAAUGUAUAAUAUAUCUUAACUAUAUCUCCCAUGACUUCAGGGAAGGGGAAGGGAUAGGCCACAAAAUGUUAACGAGGAUCCGAGGGCGUACAAAAAGCAGAUUAACAGCGUAACCCUCUGCACAUUUACAGAGUACAUCAGCCCAGCGGGGCUUACAUGCAAAGGAUCAUAGCCUUAUAAAUCCAGCUAUUUUCUCAUAGCCGGGUAGUGCUUCGCACGAGGCCCACGAUUAAGACAAGCAUAACACGAUCGCCAACGAGUCUUCAAAACAGAGUCAGGAGAUAGCAACGGAGUUGCCAAAAAGAAAAGUUUACAUAAAUGUCCUGCGCGCUGAAUUCACACGCCCUCCCCUUUUCUAUUUGAAUAUGUCUGUCUUCAAGCGCUGGCCUCAGAAAUCAUCAUUUAGGUCUCAUUUUAUGUCAGGAGUGGAAUUCGGAUCCGAUACAACCCCCCCCCCCGGCCAACAGAGGGUCAUCUGCGGUUGGGGUUUUUUUGCCUAGGCGUAGCUCUUUCUGCCACUCUGUAGGAGCAAAUGGUCCCACCGUUAGAGAAAGCAGCCCAGGAUGGGCUUUCUAAAACAAAACCAAAAGACCCAGUCGGACAUGCUGGCCCGGUAAAGCAUUUGAGCCCGCGUCGGUUGUUUAUUUUGGGGCCUCUUCCGCGGGAUCCUGGUAAACGCUGCGCGCAAACGCCUAACAAGCCAGUGGCGGCAGCCGGCGCGUUUCGAUCUGCUCGUGCUCCCUGCGGGGUGACCCGAUUGCCUUCAAGGCCCUUCUUCGACCUACUGAACUACCAACAAAGGCGGCGGGAUGGUUUGCCAAGCAGGAAGCCGCUGCACCUAGAUUUAAGCCGAAGCAGGGUGGGUCCGAGGGUCCCUUUGGGAGAGAAACGUCGUGGAUGUUCCAAAAGAGAGACGCGAGGAUUCUAUCGCUUCAGCGCCAGGACUCGGAGCGCGCACUACGGAUUCGCCCUUUGGAGUGAAGCGCCACACUCUUGACACCUUUCAUGAUCGCAGGCUGAAGAAAAUAGGAGCGCGGAGAGGGGCCGGUGGGUCCAGGAGAGCUGCUCACAUGGCACUCAUUGGGGAGCCUCUUUCUACUCUGCCAGGGAAAGAAAUCUGAAAUUAUAAACGCUUUGCGUCUUAGUCUAUUUUUAACUGAUCCCUCUCCCCCGUAGCCGGUAUGCAUUGGCUCUCGAGCGCUGCCAGCACCUUUCCCCCUCUCCGCCCCAAGGUAUGCCGAGUGCGGAUGAAUUUGUAACUCGCAAGCGGAUGCAAAUGUACCGCCGCCUUUAGAGUUUCCUCGGCAAGAUAAAAAAAGUACCCCAAAAAUGACCUCCUGCCUGGAUGGAGCGAAUAAAAAUUCCUCCACGGUUUUGCGAGGAAAUCAUUGAAGGCGGCAGGUCUCUUCCGCAUGCUUGAUAGGGAAGGUAGUUUCAUUGAACUCAAUGGGGGCUGCUUCUGAGUAAACAAUGCCAUUACUUUUAAUGGGUGAAGAUUUAAGCAUAUGUUGAAUUCUCUCCACUCAGUGCUUAAUUAUGUUUGGAUCCUGUCCCUGGUUUGGUUUAGUUUGGGUGGUUUUUUUGGGUGUGUGUGUAAGCUAUGAUGUUUUUGCAUUAAACAAUGGUUGUCUCAAAUCUAGCAAAAGUUGUUUACAUCUUUUCAUUACUCUAUUUUCACUUUUUCAUUAUGGAGGAAAAUGCUGGCAUUGUCUUAGAAGCUUGAUUGACACGCCCUUUAAUGUAUUUGCAUGCAAAUUAAUGUGUAUGUUAUGUACAGCUCAGUCCUACACAUGUCUACUCAGCCGUAAGUUCCAUUGACUUCAGUGGCAUUUACUCCUGGAUAAGUGUGUUUUGAGAAUCUAGCUUUAAUCUAAAUAUCGGGUUACAUUUCCAUUGCCUUGAGAAUCGGCCUAUGAAAGUGGAAUAAAUUUAGAUUCCAUUUAAAAUCACAUUCAUAAGCUGCUAGACAAAAGACUUUCCAAAAUCAGAGCAGUAGGCUAUAUAUCAAUCUCUAUUUAUUACCUGUUCUAUGGAAAAUAUUGAGUUACUGCUUCACUAACAAUAGAUUUCCACAAACAUGGAAAUAGUUUUUGAGCAACAGUAUAUACAGGCUGCAUGUAGUGUCUUGAAUUCUUUUAAGAAAAGGUUUUCAUCCGUUUGCUAGACUUAUUGCUUGAAAGUAAAUUUCAGUAAAAUCGAAGGGACUUGUUUUGUCUAAUAUUGUGCUUCCAAUGUUAUUAUUUAUUUUUAAAAACUAUUCCUGAUGCUCAUAUGAUUCGAAAAUACUGUAAAUAUUUUAGCAGCAGCAAUUUUUCCUUUCUUUCCAAACGAUAGAAUAUGUUCUACUGCUCCUCGGGGAAAACUAAAUAUAAAAUAUGAUCACUGGGAGCAGAAUGCUAGAUUCACAAGCUGCUGAAUAAAACGGCAACAUUUUCAAAUAAGUCAAUUUCUGCCGCUGUCUUAAAGCUUUACGGCGGUAGUGCCAUCCUAAAAACAUGCAAACAAGCGCAACUUGCGAGUAAGUCCCAUAAUCGAAGUAUUACCAAAUAGGACGUUACCUAAAUUCGACUGACGUCAUCGACGUCUAUUUACAGCACAGGAAGCGCCUAAUUCACCUUCGUCAUAAUCAAUGGAAGUUUCGAUUUAAUUUGUUUACAACUGAAAUGGCAACACCACUGAAGUCACCAGGGCGCUAGUUUCCUUGGAAAUGGCUUUCGGAUAAAUACAGCAGCUGAGGAUCGAAAGUUAAACCAGUUUAGUUAUGGAAAAUUGGCAGGAUGGCUGACGGGGCUUACAGGAAAGGAAUCCUUCCAUAUCGAUCUCUCCCGCUCUCAUCCCCCACCCCCACUUUCGAUACCCAAUCGCUUUGGAUCUAGAUGCACUUUAAGAGGCGCUCUCAUUACUCGGCUCUCCUUCCCAGCGCCCUCCAGUAAACCUCCGAGUGGCUGGAUUGGGCUGCGGGAGUAUCGCUAGCCAGUGCGCGAGAAAUCGUGCAACCUGCCCCUAUUCACCUUUAAGCCAGAAUCAGACACGCUUAGACUUAAUCCUAAAUCAGCCUGGAAGGAAAAGAUCGGGCUGCACGAUUUCCCGCGCUCCUGCAGUCUAAUCCCAACCUUGUUUACUCGGAAGUAAUGCAGUUUAGUUAAAUGCGUCUUAACUGCCAAGAAAAUACGUUCAUUAUUAUAAACCCCAGCUGCUCCUAUUUCCACCCACUGCCUCCUCCUGGCUGGCACUCGGACACCUCCUAGCUAAGAGACUCCCCGUUUCACAUCCAGCUUCGUCCUGCCAGAUUGAGUUGAAGGGAGAGCAGGAGGAGGAGGAGCGCAACCGUAGACCUCAAGGUUCUGAGUACAGGUCCCGCUCCUCCCCGAGGCUUCCUCGGUGAUCUGGAGGCAAUGACUCUAAUAUUCUAUCUCACCUGGGUGGGGAGAUGAAAUGCGGGACCUACCUGCCACGCAGGUCACCCAGAGCUCCCUUGAGAAAAGUUGACAUGCAAAUAAAGGAAAUACAUAUAUAGAUCAAGCGAUUCGAGAUCUCAGCGGGUUCUUAGCUUCUUUACCACCUUAGAGGCCUGUCUUAGGACUCUAUUAAUAAUCAGCCAGCCACAUGAUGGGAGUUGUAACCUAGCGAGGUCUUAGAAGGGCACUGUCUGCCCCAGCGCAAUCCCUGCAGUAAAGAUCUUUGUGGAGAGCAGAUUUAUAGUGAUCCAAGGGGUAUGCCCGAAUACCAGUUUCUGGGCGUCCCAAGCGGGGCGAGUGCUGCUGCUGUACUCAGGUCCUGCUCUUGGUUAAGGCGACUCUGAGUACAGGAUGCUAGCUGCACUAUCUGGGCCUUCGGCCUGAUCCGGCAGGGCUCUUCCUGUGACAAUACCUCUGUGCGCCAUUGCGCCACGGGAAGCCAUAAUUCAUCUGCUCCCCUUUAAAGCGCCACAAGGCUUCUUUUGUCUGUGGGUAAGGAAAAAUCCCCUGAAGAAUGGCCGGAGAGUACCGAGCCUAUGAAUCUGCCAGGCGCAACAACAAACUUUCUUCCCCGGGAUCUUUGUCCUGACGCUUUCCUGCUUCCAAACGCUGCUAUCUCGGAAGUGGGGGGCGGGCAAGGGUGCUAGACCUAGGAUUCUCACCCCCCCCCGCUGUUGACUCUCAAUCUCUCUCUCUUUGUUUCCAGCGGUGCUGAAGGCUGAGCAGGCGGCGGUUUUCAAGUUCCCGCUGGCGCCUCUGGGCUGCUCAGGCCUGAGCUCGGCGCUGCUAGCGGCGGGCUCCGGGCUCCAGGGCGCCUCGGGGCCUCAUCACCUGCCCCUCGAGCUGCACCUCCGCGGGAAGUUGGAGCCGGGGACUCCGGAGGCGGGAGGCAAAGCCAAGAAAGGCCGUCGGAGCCGCACCGUCUUCACCGAGCUGCAGCUGAUGGGCCUGGAGAAGCGCUUCGAGAAGCAGAAAUACCUCUCCACGCCCGACAGGUGGGCCCUCGCCCAGGGAGAGGGGGGAAACGGGAGCCCUGGGAGUGGGAGUUAGAGGCAGCCCCCCCCCGGACGGGGCGUACAGCCGGACAGCACACGGGGGUGGGGAUCGUUGUGGGGUGGGUGAGGGGAAUCCUAUCGGCUUGCCUUCCUGCCAAAAGAGAGAGGGAGAGCGCACGUCGAGAAAGCCAGCCCGGGAAAUCUCCCCCGGGGACUCUUACAGGUGUCAGGAUCAGUUCCCCCCAGGCCCCACCAGAGCUCAAAGUCCGCAAAGGUAAUGGGGCAGGCCCUCCGCGAACGACCCCACCUGGGCAAGCCUCCGACCCCCGCUGAACCCUUCUUCCCCACAAUGGGGAUGGGGGUCCAAACCCGGAAUGAGUCCAUUCUUCCGCUGGCCGCCGUUUCUCCAGCAGGACAGCACCGAGGGUGGUUUCCCACAUCACUGCAAGAUUUAAUUGUGUGCGCAGGAGGGUACUGAGGCCCCCAGCUUGAAAAUAUGGCUCAUUUUGGGUUUGCUUAUUGGUGAUGCACCAGACAUUGCAGUGUGGAAUACUAGAUAGGUAUAUAUAACCUUUCUUUCUGAAAAGGACAACAUAACUAAUCAUUCAUGAAGCUCCCUGGACGGACCUGAUAAAUUGCUUAUUUAUUUCUUUUCUUUAGCGAGCCAACCUCUCAGGGUCUUCAUAUUUGCUCACUUUAUAUACGCAAUGCUGCGCUCCCAGAACUAGAGGUCCUGACCUAUUAAAGAGGGUGGGUGGUGGACGCAGAGGGAAAGGGAUGGUGAGCGGAUAGCGGCGCAGUUUGCGCGCAAGGGAAGGAGGAUCUGGAGAUAGAGAUCUCGAGCCACGUGCGCCCUCUCUUCUCUUCCCUGUAGGAUAGAUUUGGCGGAAUCCCUGGGCCUGAGUCAACUACAGGUGAAAACUUGGUACCAAAAUAGGCGAAUGAAAUGGAAGAAAAUAGUAAGUGUGCUUUCUGGAAGUUCAACCAUUUAAAUCGGUGUGUUCCCCCCCCUUCACCCCAUGUACUUAGUUAGGCAACCGCUGAAAAACACACUGUCCCAGCCAAAUGGCUUUUCUUGACCUCCUAAGAAAGGGAGAAAGAAGGCGCCAGUACCGUUCAUCUUUAUAUAAUGGCAGAGGUUUGUUUUCUCUCCUCCUGCCUGUCUCCAAGUACCGGUGUGACCUGGAUGCAUCCACCCCAGCCGUAAAGGAAAGGAAAUGCUAGUCAUUUGCAACCCUUUCCUCUGCAGGAAAAGUAAUACGCCCCCCAACCCACAGAUUUCCUAAGGCUGCAGACAGAAAAGGCUCCUUCCAGGGGUGGAGAACCUCGAUCCACCAGACGUUUUAGACCACAACUCCUAUCAGUUCCAGGCACCAUGGCUAAUGAUCAGGAAUGAUGCGAGUUGUAGUCCAACUCGGACUGCAGUAUACAGCGCCCGGAACAAGCACUGCGGAAAGCGAUAGGGCCCAUCUCAUUGGACUGUGGCACAGUCAAAGAUUGUACCUUUGCCAUUGGUCCAACCCGACCCAAAUCGUCAGGGCUUCCCCGGGCAAAACGUACUCUUGGCAGGGAAGAGCCAGUCGACCCCACUUCCACGGUCCCAUGAUGUAUAAGAAGGACUCAGGAUUCAAAGCUGAUCCUCCUCACUGCGCCCCCCUCCCAUUGCUGGCAGAAAGCCUGACACUGGUGAUCUGUGGGAUUGAUAGACCCAUGGAUUACUCGUGGAUUUCAAUGUGGCGUUCUAACGGGAUGGUAAUCGGUGCAGCUUUGUCCACACCGAUGCCUUCAACCUGCUGUUAUCCCAGAACAAGACCUUGCCUGGGAUAUUCAAGGGACGGAGAGGCUGUCCUGUUCCUCACGUGGAACUUGAACGAGAUGAUGUCAGAUUGAAUUUGGGCUGUUUAAAACCAGUCUCUCCUACUCUGAUCCUAACCGCAACUUUAAAGUCCAGAUAGAUAGUUGAUCGAUCUUACUUACACCCCGAUUCUCACAACAGGAAUGUGGGAAACAAACUCAUUGAAGUAAGUGGGGCCUGACACACAUUCACGGUGAUUUAUUAUUAGUCUUAUUCCAUCGGUGUGCACGGAUCACUACAAAGGAACAUUAGACAACUUGGGGAGACACCCAGAGGAAAGGAAAAGCUGGAGAGGCAAGUGUAAAGGAAUAAUAAUCAUCAUCAUCAUUAAUUGUGUUUGUAUACUGCCCUUCCUACUGAAAGAGCGCAGGGCAAUGCGCAGCGUUUUAGAAAAACCUCACCUUUAAAUCGAAUCAGUCAAUUAAAUAAAUAUUAAUCCCACUCUUUCCUCCCAAAGGAACCCAAAGUAGUCAAAACACCCGGACAGUGCAGAACUUAAACCAUAGUAUGGAAAAGCAGCACCAAACUAACAUGGCUGAUAUGCGCAAACACAGUUAGUACUGGCAGUGCACAUUGUAAUUGCAUUUGCGCGCAGUAGUUAUGAAGAAAGCGGCAGCCUUGUACGCCUUCCAGGGCUCAUAGGACUCCAACUCCCAUCAGCCCCCGUCAGCAUGGCCAAUGGCCAGGAAUGAUGGGAAUUGUAGUCCAGCAACCUCUGGAAAGCCACAGGUCCACCAUCCCGGAAAUUCUACUGGGAAGAAAUCCUGUGGAUCCUGUACAGGAUUGCAGUGCGGUUGUCUUUUACGGAGUGAGCGUCUCUUCCUUGUCGUGGCCUCAAGCAUCCGUCAGACAUCAUCUGGCAAAAACAGGGGGGCGUUUUGCAGCGUCCUUUAGGCGGAAAUCCUGUGCUUAUUUUAGAGCAGGCAUACCUAAGAAUGUGAUGCGGAGGGCCACAGGUUAGGCACCCCUGAUCUAAACUCCUGGAGAAGCUCCAAUUGUAAGCAGAAGUACUCCUAUAAAACAAACCAGCACGGAUCUUUCCUGGUUAGGAACUGGUGCUCUGAGUGAGUGCACAGAUCCAGCAGCCAAGGCGAUCCUCUCUGUUAGCCUCGCUCCUCUGCAGCAGGAGAGUGACCCUUACUUGCUGCCUGAAGAUGGCCACCGGUUUCGGACAAGACUGGUGCUUCUUUAACAGCUGCGCAAGGUAGAAACCCAACAGGUGAGGCGAUCUUCUGCGUGGAGAACAACUUGCUGGAGAAAGGCUCGCCCGCUGGAUUUCUGCCUGCCAGGAUUCUGUCAAAAGCGCAGGAUUUCUGCAGGAAAAAACCAAACCCAGACAGUCCUAGUUAACCCACUGGAUCGCGCAAGCCAGGUGGAGGGUCAGGGUCGGUGUUAAAAUCCUGGUGAACCGAUGCUUAUUAGAAAUCAGGAGCUUUUUUUUUACUUUGAAUUUCCCUUUUUUAAAAAAAUAAAAAGGACGGGUUCCUUAUAAGCCUGUAAUUCCCCGCCUCCCAGCUGAUUAAAUUCUCUGGGCCUUCUUGCUUUUUUCUCCCGAUUUUCCCCCUUUUUUCUUUUUUGCAGGUUCUGCAAGGCGGAGGGCUCGAAUCUCCCACGAAGCCCAAAGGCCGCCCGAAGAAAAACUCCAUUCCUACCAGCGAGCAGCUGACCGAGCAAGAGCGAGCGAAGGAAGCAGAGAAACAAGCGGAAAGCCUGGGCUCCCCCUGCCAAGUCAGCCAAGAGGAAUAACGGCGCGCCGCAGGCUGAGGCCUCUCGGCGGGAGUGCCUUGCAACACAGAGACUUACGGUACUGCAAAGGCGGCCGCGGCCGAAGCGCCUUGCUUCUCCAUUGAGUGGCCUAAGAGGCUGGAUCCGCGACGCCUUCGAAAUCCUCCCUCUCGCAUCCGCGCGCGCCCUGUUGGAACCUCCAGCCAUUACGGCUUGAACUGCAGGCUUGUGCGCCUUGCCAAUCGACUAGUCCUCGCUGAGGCGCUCGCUUGCGCGUACGUGGUUUCUUUAAAAACCAAGUGGAUUGCCUGAUGCGUAAAGAGGAGUAGGCGCACAAAACAGAGGAGGGGCGCGCUACUGACUUUGUUUUUCAGAAGCUGCAGAGUGGAAGAAGAUGGGUGGCAAAAUGGUUAGUGGACUAUUAUUCUCCGUUGAAUCCGUUGUAUUUACUGCGCGUUUGAACUGCCCCCGCCUCAGUGCCUGUUGUGCACACGUAAGGAAAACGUCGCCUUCGCGCUGGGUGGGCGUUGGGUGAGAAGGAUUUGGGCAGAAGGGGGGCUCUUUUUCUUCUUUCGCUGUCUCAGACACGGGGUGGGGUGGGGUUGGGGGUCCCGCAAAUUAUUCGACAGACAGACGCCUUUUACAAUCGGUUUUCAUUAACAUGAAGAUAUUGAUUUUAUUUCAAUAAAGUAUUUUAUGGACGACUGGC